AAACACCGUGCACAGUUGCUAGCUCAGGGAAACGCAGGGAAGAAAGAGGCCCGGGCCCAGCUCCUGCGGGAUCCUUUCUGUCAUAUCUGUCCUUAUUAACGUGGCACACGAACCACAUUAGUGGUUCUCACACCAUUUUGAAGCCGUUGCGACUAAAAAAGAGAGCAGGUUUUGGCUUGACGUUUUCUUGAGAGCUGACACAAAGUUUGCAGCUUAUGACGUGUAAUGUUCAUACGUGGUCAAUACUUUUCCUGCACUACUCUGGUAUAAAUCUGGACAACAGGUUGGGUUGAUGCACAUGUCAUCAGAACAAGAGGCGCCAUGAGUGCGGAGUUGGAUGCACUGACUGUGGUGAACCAGCUGAGAGAUUUGGCCGCGGACCCGCUGAACCGAAGAGCCAUAGUCGAAGAUCAAGGCUGUUUACCAGGUCUCAUCCUCUUCUUUGACCAUCCCAACCCUCAGGUUGUCUACUCUGCGCUAUUGGCCGUGCGAUACCUGGCAGAAUGUCGAGCCAACAGGGAGAAGAUGAAGGGCGAGCUGGGCAUGAUGCUGAGCUUGCAGAAUGUCAUGCAGAAGAGUACAUCACCUGGGGAAACCAAACUGCUAGCCUCUGAGAUCUAUGAGAUUUUGCAGGCAGCUGGUAAAGAAGAAGCUGAGCAGGCCGAGGCAGCUGCUGCCUCCUGCCGGCGUAAAGCCCAGUUCUUCCUCGGCUCCAACAACAAGAGGGCCAAAACUGUAGUGUUGCACAUUGACGGCCUGGACGACUCAACUCGAAGGAGUCUGUGCGAGGAGGCCUUGUUAAAGAUUCGAGGAGUCAUCAGUUUCACCUUCCAGAUGGCCGUUAAGCGAUGUGUCGUCAGGAUCCGAUCAGACCUUAAAGCAGAGGCUUUGGGAACAGCAAUCAACUCCACCAAAGUAAUGACUGCUCAGCAGGUGGUGAAGACAGAGAAUGGAGGAGAGCUGAUUGUACCAUUCCAGGAGGACUCAACAGUGGAGGUAGAGGAGAACACAGACAUCCCAGAUUAUCUGCCUGAAGACGAGAGUCCGUCCCAGGAGCAGGACAAGGCUGUCACACGCGUGGGGUCUAUCACAGACGGCAUGGGCUGGCUCAGCACGGCCGCCAACUUUCUGACACGCUCUUUCUACUGGUGACAGCUUCCUGCGUGUCUCUGUUUGCUUGCUAAUAAUGUCAAAGUACCUUCCAGCUGCAGGUUUAGCACCUCUCAGCCUUGUCCCGGACUAAGCCCUGCCUCACUAGUCUAGUCUCCUCUCUCUCCAGAGCACACAGAGGUCGGCCUGAGGUGUGCAAUUUGCUGGACUGCAAAGUGGAACCUACAGUAACUUUAACUUGUGUAUAUAAUGAGCUUCAAGUCCCACUUCUGGCUAUUUGUGCACAUCUAUAUACACGCUGAAUAUGUAUUAAAAAGACAUAGCCAGAGGACUUAACAGCAAACAGAACCAAAUAGCUUUCUGGAAAUCUGUAUCACUACUUUGACUGAGUCCAGCAUUUAAUUCUUAUGAGUGAAAAUUGGGAAUUUAAUUUUUUUGUACACAUCUUUGGUUGCUGCUUCUCCUCAUUUGUUCCCAACCUAUAUAUGUACAUGUAUGUAUUUAUAUAAUAUAUAUAUAUAUAUGUAUAUAUAUCUUUUUCCCAUUAAUUAAUCUCCAAACUGUAUGUGGUUUACCUUCCUCCUUAGUUAUUUUUAAAGCAUGCUAUAACUUUUUUUUUGUGCCAAUCUUGCCUGUUGCCGACAUCCAUGAUUAAUGUGUGUGCCUUUCUGUGAUUUUGUUGUAAUUAUUUAUUAGUCAUUCAUUCAAAUGGUUUGAGAGCUGUGAGCAUGUGUAAUGUUUGUGUCCUUUCCUAGUAGCAGCUGGCCUCAGCGAGCUAAAAGCUCGCUGAGAGACUUCCCUUCAGUAGGAAUACUAGACACCAGCAAGACACUGCAGCUUGUUCAGCUACUGGCUCAGACCGAAUUGUGACCUGAAAGAGGUCACAAUUUGUCCCAGUCAACCAACAAGGCCCACUUGUUGGGCCUUGUUGGCUGAUUGAUAGAGUGACAGUCAAUGUGUUAGGUUGUUUUGUCAAAAAAAAAAUCAGGGCCCCUGUGAUUUAUAAUAAUGCAGAAAAAAAAGAGGCAAAGUGUGAGCCCUGUGGUUGGUAAGAGGCAACGACAGCUCUUUGUGUUAACUGCACAGAAUUAAGGCUACCUCUGUUUUCAGCCUCCUAUCUCACAUUAGCUGUGUGGUAAAGUUAGUGAAACAUCAGCAUGGUGAAGACAAACCUGUUUGUAGCUUGUCAAAUACUUCCCAGUGUUACAUGGAAUUCCACUGACAUUUUUGCAGUAUUGUUUCAGCUUCUGUUCAAUUUAAAUUUCAGUGAAGCCAGCAGUGUCCUUAAAGCAAUGAUCACAUUGACACACACUGCGGACGAGUCACUCUUUUCUAAAAGCAGUAGAGGAACAGCUAUGUAGAGUUUGUAAAUGGUGCCUCAUUCCCUAAAAUCUAAGACCCGAUGUGAAGGAUUUUUUUUUCUCCCAAUUUUAGUACAGUAAUGGUUAUUUUUACAUUUUAAGUCGCAAUUUUUUGACAGGAGGUUGUAGCUGUUAAAUCUUUUAGUGAGGUUUUUACAGAUUUUUUUAUUUAGUUUUUCAAAUUCCUACAACCUUGAGUCUCUGCAGGUUUCAUUAUUCUGAUGUGUGUCAUUAACAGUUAUUGCAUAUAUGGCUGACCAGGCAACUUAUUCUUUUGUGGUGUAGAGAUGUCACACUUGGUUGAAGUCAAACAGAGGGAAUGGUAAAGAAUAGCCUGAACUGAUGGUCAAUAUCUUCUAGAAAAGCAAUAAUUAAUGCAUUAAUUGUAGUCAUCGUGGCUCAGCAGCCUUUAGAAUAAUGUUUUUGUUAAAAUGUUUUGAGUUGAAAGUCGGAAAUGUCAGCAGUAUUACAAUUUUUUUCCUUGUCCAUUUUUUUUUUUUACAGUUAGUCUUGCAUCAUGUAGUCUUUCCUCAUACGGCAAAGAAAUACUUGAACAUUGAUCAAAAAAGCUUUUUUUUGUGUUCACAGUUAGUCAUUUACAGCAACACUAAGAAAAAACAAAAUGUCACAAAGUCCUCAAAAGUGUAACAUCUUGUGUACAGACAUCAACCCUCGGCAGAUGUAAUAUAAUGUGUGUAGAUCUUAAAAUUGUAGAUUCCCAUGCACUGUGGAUGCAAAUGAUAAAUUUGAAAAACUAA